CGGUAUCGCUAAAUAUCCCAUAAUUCAAUGCAAACCCUGUUACCCAGAACCCCUCGCGAGGUUUUGGUUGAAGCACCAUGUUGCCAUAACAACGAUUGCUUACACAGAAUCUUCAGCAGUACAUUCAUGAUGGCUUCAACGAUAAUGCAUGGCAGGAGAGAGGGCCAAAAAAGAGAGUAUGGAGAUCCAUCGCUUAGCGUUGUUCCAAGCGGAUGUACAGAAAGAGAUGUGGUAGUUUUGCAACCAGGUGACUGGAAUAGGAUUCAAAACAGCCUGUCAGGGUACAACAAGGAAGAAGCGAGGUUAAGAGCAUUACAUGAAGAAAGAGAAGCUCUUCAUAAUCUAUCGAAAGAGACGGUCAAACACUGGGACAAUACAAUCGAGGGGCAAAGACUUAAAAAGCUUCAAGCAAGAAGAAUCAGAGAAGAAAAGGAAGAGGAGGAAAAAGUUAAAAUUGACAUUGAAGAAGCCAAACUUCAGGCUAAGAAAAGGAAAGAAGCAAUAGAAAGAGCCAAGACCCAACAAUACUACCAGACAGACAGAGUGAAGACAUUCCAUGGAGCAAUGUUGCUUACAGAAGUCAUGAAAGAAAGAGAAGCACAGGUAAAGAUGAAGAACAGCCAAGUGAAUGCUGAUAAAAUAAGAGAUCAACACAUGAUGAGAUUACAGAAAAGGCAAUAUGAGGAAGCUAUAAGGCAAGAUCAGAAGAAUGCACUUAAAAGAUAUAAUGAUAGGAGGGAUCUGUCUGCCUUCCAACUUUUGCAGAUUUCAGAUCAUAUUGAAGAAUCCAGUCUUGCUAAGAAAGCUGAGCUUCAAGAAGGCAAAAACGUGAAGCAGCAGAUAGAAAUGUAUGAGGCUGCAAAGGCAGCAAUUGAGGAGCAGAAGAGAAAGGACAAGGCAGCUCUAAUGGAGGAUCACAAAUAUCACCUUGCUAAUAGAGAGCGCCUUCGUAAAGAAGAACAGCAACGACAAGAGGAGGAAGAAGAAGAAAUAAGGCAGUUUGCAAAUGCUAAAAAGAAAAUGGCCAAAAUGCGCAAGGAAAAGGAACUAGAGUUGUUCAACGCAUUUCAAGAGCAUACAGAACGCAUGCGUAAAAAGCUACAUGAUCAAAUGGUACAGAAGGUGGAUGAUGAAGAUGACAGAAUUGCCAAGGCUUUGGCAGAGAGAGAAGCUAAACGAGAGGCAGAAGAAAGAGAAAAGAUGGAAAAAUCAAUGAAAGAACAGAAAUCUAUACAUGAACACAGAGUCAACAGGAUGAAAGAGCUGGAGAGAAAGGCUGCUCUUGAAGCAAAGACAGAUAAAGAAAUCCUACGAAAACGCAUUGAAUCUGAUAAACUAUACCAUGCUAAACAAGAGGCUAAGAAACUCGAGAAGUUACAUGAAGCAAAGGAUCUCAAGAAUUUCCAGGCACAACAAGUGGACGAGCUGAUAGUACAAAAGGAAGAGCUGCAAAGAAAUGACCUUCGCAUUGACCACGUGAACGAAAAGUCCAUGUUGGAGGAAGAGGCCCAGUUCCAAGAGUACGCUGCUAAAAUAAUCAAGAAUGCCCGAGAUCGUGAACGAAAUCCUUAUCCUCUUAUCAAGGCCGCACGGGAAGGCCCAGGCGGAGGAAGAGGACCUAAGUUUGAAGGGAAAAACGGUCUGAGACCCAGCUUAUUGGUCUCUGAUGGAUCUGGGGUACAACUGCCUAAUUAUUCCACCGCUACCAUACAAGGACAUCAUACGAAAAUCUAUGGUGAUCCGGCAAAAAGCAAAAAGAGGCUUGGCUUUACUUGGUAAAAACCCAAACUACUUACAGAAAGUUAAAUUGAAUGUGUACAUACAAUAAUCAUUCUACUCAAUGGUAUAAUUUUAUAUGACUUUUUAUUGAAAAAAAGAUUUUCUAUCGACCUCAUGUUUUAUUGACAUAACAUAAUCUAAUUGGUUCCCAACAUUCCAGUUAUCUUUACUAUGACAUGAAUUCAAACUUAUUUUACCAUUUGUUCACUGUACAUAAAUCUAACAAUGUAUUGGUAUUCAAAGCACGAUCCCUACUCCCUCAGUGAUCACAUUUUGUACUUCGGGUGUCCAAGUGUGUUGGUCGUAAAUAAAAAUGUCAAAAUAUUCUAUACUAA